AUCCGGCGACCAGUGGCCGCGCGGCGCGAGUCGCGGGCGACAGCGGGCGGCGCGGCGGCGCGCGGCUGACCGCCGGACGGCUGCGCUCCCGUGCUCCCGCGGUCUCGCGACCCAGUGCAUUCUGUCGCGGACGCAGCUAGGGCACACUCGGCCACGACUGCUGUCGCCUCGGUCCUAUCGCUACUUUACGACGUAUUCCCGCCAAAUAUUUUAAUAUACGUGUAAUACGUCUUCGCGUUUCAUGGCAUAAGUGCGCUAUUUUGUUUUGUAAUGCGUUGUUUUAAUGUGUUUUUGAUUCUUUUGUUUAUGUUUUUACCGAAGUCGACGGAGGCGAUUCGAUGGCUGGCGCUGCACGAGAGCGAAGGCAACUGGACGGAGGUUGACUGCACGACGGCGAGGCGCGAUGGAGCGCUGUGGGCCGGCCAGGCUCGCGCGUGCCGACGGCAGCCGGGGGCGAUGGCGCACGUGGCGGCGGCCGCGCGGCUGACGCGCGCCGCCUGCCUCGCCGCGCACGCCGGCGACCGCUGGAACUGCUCCUCUAUCGAGCGCUCGCCCAACUACUCGCCGGACCUACUCACCGGUACCCGCGAGCAAGCGUACGUGUACGCGAUGUCCGCAGCGGCGUUGGCGUGGUCUGUGGCGCGCGCCUGCGCGGCGGGCGCGCUGCCGGCGUGCUCGUGCGCCGCGCCGCCGCGUGCGCCGCCCCGCCCGCCGCGCCAGGCGCACGUCACGCCCGCUGAGCCGCACGCGAGGUUCAAGUGGGGCGGCUGCGGGGACAAUUUUCAGUGGGCUGAGAGAUUUGCCAAGCAAUUCAUAGACAUGCAUGAGAUUGACGUUCGGGAUGGUAAAUUGGAGGAGUUGAUCGAAGUGGAGACGACUACCACCGAACUACCGACCACGUUAGACCCGACCACGCCGGCGCCCGUGGUGAUCCUCGUGGACGACCAGCCGGCGCCGGCGCCCGACAACGCCAGCGUGACGGCACGCCCGCGAAAGAAGGGACGCCGUGGGCGCAAACGGCUGCCGCGCUCGCCUCGUCGAGGCAGGCCCACGAGGAAACGGUUCAGACCAAGAUACGAUUUUGAGGAUGGGAGUUCCAGAUACCGCAACUUGGAGUAUCGCAUGGCCGCCGACGACCCCCGCUUCGACCCGCAGGUGGACUUGCGCACGAGACUGCAGCGCCUGCGCCCGUUCAUCGCCUCCGCCAACCUCAUCAACGUCCGUUUUGGCAGAAAGGCAGUAUCAUUAGCGAUGCGCACCAAGUGCACGUGCCAUGGCGUGUCAGGGUCGUGCUCGGUGCGCACGUGCUGGCGCGCGCUGCCUCCAUUGGCGCGCGUAGCGGCCGCGCUCGCGGGCGAGGCGGCGCGCGCCGGCCCGCUGCGCCCGCGCCGCCGUGCGCGCCGCGCCAAGCCGCGGCUCCGCUACGUCACACCCAGCCCGGACUACUGCGAGCCCGAUCCUGCGGCCGGCUCACUUGGCACACACGGAAGGCGGUGCAACGCCAGUGCAGGGAACGCCGCAGGUGGCUGCGGGCGGUUGUGCUGCGGGCGCGGGCGACGGGCCGUGCGGUCCACCCGACUCGAGCGCUGCCACUGCCGGUACCACUGGUGCUGCCGCGUCGACUGCCAGCUCUGCCGCAUCACCUCGGAGGAUCACUAUUGCAAUUAAAGACCCAAUAUCAUUCCCUUAGCAGACGUAGCAUAAGCAGUCUUAUUAAAUUUAUUUGUCCUUGUCUAAAUCUCGAGCUAAAUCUAGUUGCAUCGGCAAUUACACACUACAGCUCCACACUAUAAAAACUUGCAUGCAUAUAUUUACUAGACAUAGUGUGAUUAGUGUGAUUAUAGUGCUUAUAGAUUAAAAAAAAACGUAACCUAACCUUUUUAGGGUUUCGUAGUCACCUAAAAACCCUUAUAGUUUUGCCAUGUCUGUUUGUCUGUCUGUCCGAGGCUUUGCUCCGUGAUCGUUAGUGCUAGAAAGCUGCAAUGGAAAAGCUGGAUACAUAAAAUCAUGCAUUGCGACAGAACGGUAAAAUAAAAAGUAUAACAAAUUUUUUUUAGGGUACCUCACAUACAAAACGUUUUUUCUUGAACUUUUUUUUGCUUUGUCUCAAUAGUGUGGGGUAUCGUGGGAUAGAACUUAAGAGUGCGCCAUUAUUUGGCGUACCUACUGGCCAUCCCAGGGACCCUUGCGUAGGCAACAGAGGUCCCCGAGCCUGCCGCCCACGGGUGAAGGGGGAAGUCGACGGUCGCACGCCAAACGCCCCGCCCUAAGCGCUUGCGGCGCAGCGGUUGGGAGACCGGAUUUUCUUCCCUUUCCGCGGUCUCUCAUCUUGCCAUUACGUCUUCGCAGAAAGAGACCACCGCUUUCCAUGAUCUCUCGCUGUCUGCCAUAGUCUUCACCACGGCAGGCAGGGAGAGGUCGCGCCCCACUACAGCCACCAGUGUGGCCCGCUGUUCUGUCCAAGCUGGGCAUACAGCUAACGUAUGUUGUGCCGUGUCUUCAGCAGCACCGCACCCGUGACAUAACCUAACCUAGUGGUGGGCAAAGUACGGCCCGCGGGCUAUCUCCGGCCCGCAAAUGGAUUUUAACCGACUCGCCGCCGGUCCUAUGAAAUAAUUAGUGUAUGGCAUUGGCCCACGAUUAUCACAAAUCAAUAGUUAUUUGUACAACAAGAGAUCAAAGUUUGAUAUUUCUUCGAGUGCUUAUUUUGAGUCCCGUGCAAGCGAAAGAUUCUAUAAUAGAUUCACGAGCGUAGCGAGUGAAUCUAAUUUAGAAUCUUGAGCGUAGUAAGGGAUUCAAAAGCGCACGAGAUGUAAAUAACUUUGAUCUCGUGUAGUACACAAAAUUUUUCACCCUAAGCAGUGAGAACGUACCUAGAGGGACAGAGAUAAUAGAACCCAAGUAUAUCGAACUUGUAUUAGACCCCGCAUGUUGAAAUGAC